AUGAGAUUAAAUGCAAGAGUACGCCAAUCUGAUGAUGAUUUAAGAUUGAUGACUAUAGCUUACUAUAAUGAAAAGAAUGUACGUCGGCGUUGGUAUUUCUCAUACAAAGAUAAGCAUAGACGGGUUGGUGAAUUGUUGCGCGAAAAACUUUUUUAUCGAAAACUUUUCCAGAUUAAUCGGGAUGAUAGAAGGGUACUCAAAUUUAAACUUGAUACCUUGAAAAAGGCAGAAAAUAAACGGUUAAUGCAAAAACAUCUUUCUGAAUGGGACUAUAAGACACGAGAAGCAAAAGGUUUAACGAUUAAAAUUCCAAUGCCUAAUUCCCCUGAUUUCUCAUCAUCUUUUCACUCAGAUUCUAGCGACACUGGAAGUCUAACAGGAGGUAUGCGCCAAAAAUUUGAUACAAUCCAUAGACAUAGCAGAAGAACUAGUGAUAUUUUGGGCGAUAUUGAAGAGGAAUUACAUUCUAGCGACAAUGAGAAUAGUGGAAAUUCAUCAAGCUCCAUAAUUAUUGAAGGUACGUCUAAUACUGAUAUACCGCCCCUAUUUAAUGACUCGAAUUCUUCUAGUUCAGAUGAUUCAGAAAUUCGAAGCUCUUCUUCAGAUGAUGAUAUUCAUGCACGUUGUAUGGUUGGUUACGAAUUAAAAAAAUUUCAUGGAUCUCCUACUGAAGAUCCCGAAGAACAUAUUGAAGAAUUUAGAUUGUGGCUUGUAGGUUCUGGAAUAGAUGUAGGUGCUGGCCAUGCUAAUAGAAUUAAUGCUCAUGGUGUUUUUAUAGCGUCUCUCAAAGGUGAUGCUAAAGAUUGGUAUGAAAGAACCAUCCAUGGAAAAAAUUGGGAAUUGAGGAAUUUACUUGAUAAUACGGCACAAGCAAAUUUAGCUGCCGUUCAAGGAAGAAAUGCUGGUCAAAUUGGAGUACAGGCCUUAAAUCGUGCAAAUGGGCAGAAUGGUAACGUUGUAAUUCCAGCUCAUACAGUAUUUGAUGAAGAUUGGUCUUUUGCUGAUGGACGACCAACUGAUCGUUUACCUAAUGCGCCAAAUACUAAUACAGGUAAUACUGUAGUUGUACCUGGUAUUCGACUCGGACAAGUAUUAUACUGGUUUAAAACUAACUAUCCUACAGUUACUGCAGAGAAACAACGAGUACUUUUUGGUUCAACCGUUCAAGGUGGUGAACCAGUUGGUCGUUUCUAUUCUAAUUUGCGAAGGUUAGCUAGGCUUGCAGGUAUAGAUGAACGACAAAUUCGAUUACAAUUUAUUCGUGGACUUUCACCCGCAAAUCAAAUCGAAGUUCGUCGUUUAGGACUUGAAAAAUCUGUAGAUAAUUUACUUCCAAAUCUUGAAGAAAUCGAAAGAUAUACAGCAGAACAGUUAUCUGGAGCUUAUUUACAUCCAAUCUCAGAUCUAACGUCAACAAAAAAAUCCGUGACUAAUUAUUACGGGAAUAAAGAUAAUGUUUCAGUUAAUCCAGGUAUGAGUAAGUCCGAAAUCGAAAACCUAAUAAAAUCUAUGAUUUCUUCUUCAGAACCCCAGGAAACACAGGUAUCAAAAAAGACGUCGCCAACUAUACCACCAAAAAAUAUGGAAGAAAUAAAAGCCGCUUUGUUAUUAAAAGAAUUAUACAACAUGGGAUUUCGGGAUGAACCUAUAGUAGAUUUUAUCGAAAGUUAUAAUAAACGUGGAGAAUAUUUUAAAAGAAAACAGGCUCAAAAUGAUGAUUCUGAUGAUGAAUUGGCCAAUCGUAUGAGUAAGUUAUCUAUAAACAAGGCUAUGUCCAAAGGAUAUGCACAGGGGGUGAAAACAGGUAUUCGCGCUUCCAAUAAAUCAUCUCAUAGAUGUUCCAAUUGUAAUAGAACCGGGCAUAAUUCCCGUAAUUGUCCUCGUAAGAAGAAAAAAUCUAAGAGAAAAGCUAAGAAGUCAAAAACUCGUAAAACAAAACGGAGCGAAAAAUCAACUUCUUCUGAUAAAGGACAAAAUAGCGGAACUAUCACGGUUAAAUCAAAUCGUAUUGAUAAAUCCCUUCAAAAAAUUAUACUAGACAUGUUUGACGGUAUCCUACCUGUGGAUUUGAUGGACAAACUUAAAAUGAAAAUUGAAAAUUCAUCUAAUAUAGUUACGCCUAUUCAGGAGGAGAAAAAUUUCAACGUUCUCAAGUCUAAAGCAGAAAUUAAUGAAUUUUCUGAAAAGAUGCAAGCUAGCUAUGAAAAACUACUUAAUCGCGCCUCUUCUGGAUUCUAA